AUGGAGAGGGACUGCCAGAGGAGGAAGAAGAAGAGGAAGAAGGAGAUGAAGAAAAGUCAGAAGCAGAGGCAGAAGAAGGAGAGGCAACAGAGCUGGAAGAAGAAGGAGAGGGAGAAGAGGAAGAGGAGGAGGAAGACGACGAAGAAGCCGAAAGCGAAGAGGAUGAGGAGGAAGCUGAGGGGAAGGAGGAGAAAACAAAAGGAGCGUUGGCAGCGGCGGUUCAGAAAACCAAAAGAAACAGCAAAACCAACAAGACCGAAUGGGACAAGUUUGACCGCCAGAUCAAGUCGCCUCAAGGGGGGCUUCCCUGCAUCCCUCAGGCCAAUGCUGAAGGGGUCGAAGAAAACAGACCUGUUCAACUUAUGGUUGGACCAUGGUGGUGAAUGGGACAGUGUGGCGUGCGCUGUUGAGCGGGCGCAGGAGACUGUGAACCUCUCACGAAAGGAAUGGGUUGCUAUCCAAGCCAAAACCUUAAAGGAGCGGCUUCCAGAAGCCAGGUUCACCGAGUUGAUCCGCAAGCGGAUGGAAGCGGGGCUCUUCUACAAAGAUGAUGACUUCCCAGAAGAUGAGCUGGAGAACUGGAUAUACAUGCCCAGUGGGAGAAUGCUUCGCCGCGACGACAAGACCAGCGAAACCCUGAAAGCUACAGCUAGCAGGAACCUUGAUCAACCAUUGCUGGACGCCUUGACAUGUGACGAGACAGGAGUUCUCCCGGCAGGCGCCCUGCCUGGCGUCAAGGCCGCGUCAGAGGCCGGCCAGCGCGCAGUGCUGCAAGCCCUGCAGGGCGACGACAGCAAAGUUGAAAAGCUCAAGCAGCGAAGAAAAGAGAAGGAAGCUGAGCCAGUGGAACCAAAGACUACUUUGAUGAAAGGCCAAGAGAAGCUCCAGCAAGUCCUUGACGAAGCGACAAAGGCUCGUUCCAAGUCCAUCCAGCUCAAGGGUCUAGAGUUCGCUGAUCAGCUUGCUGGAGAAUUACUCAAACACGCUGAAAAUAUGGAGGGUCUCUACUCAGACCUGAAGAAGCGUGUUCAGAGCCAGCCACCCGAUGAGCCUGGCAUCACUACUUUUCUUGCAAAGAUUGAAGCCAAGCAGAACUGGUUCAAGAAAGCUGAGGUUGAAAAAGAUGAAGAUCCUGUGCCGGUGCAGGCAAGUGUGUUGCUGCCGCACGAAGUCUUUGGUGCUUUGAGUGAUAUGGGGGAAGCGAAGGUCCGAAGGAGCGUCAACAAAACACUCGCUGACUUGGUGGCAUGGAAGAUCAAGUUCUCCGGCUCCUUGCAGCUU